UGAUGACUUUUCCAAACCAAAUUAGCUCCUUGGGUAUAUUUGGUUGUUGGACCUUGUUCUUCAGGUAAAAAAUUCUAUAUAUUUCAUACCAAAAAACAGAACUAAGUAUUUUUUUAAAUAGUUUCACUUCUAUGGUAGGGAUCUAAAUACUCGCGCCUAUUACACUGAUUUAGCUGAUUAUGGAGAUUUGGACCACUGGCUAAGUGUAGAUAUGGUAUCUAAUAAAACUCUCUUUGGUCCAGUUUCUGGCAUUUGGUAUCGGUUCUAAAGAGGAUAAGUUUCUCAGGGGGAAAGAAAAGAGAAUAUAUUCCAAACUUUCGGCCCACCUCCUACUUCACUUUCUUAAGGUGUUCUUUUUCUUUCCCUUUUUUAAACUUUUACUAAAAGAGAUUGCUGCUGAGUCACUCACGACCAUACAGGGCUUUUACACUUCACAAAAAGGUAGCUGUUAAGUCAUUUGGACGGCUAGUAAAGGCUCUGAACUGUGGUUUCAAUCCUCCAUCCAAUCCAACUUUGCGUAUAAUUGCAGGCAGCGGUGUCUGAUUCCUCAUCCUACAAUUACAAUCGCAUCCCUCAUCUAGUUGGAGGAAAUCUCUACCCUUUUAAGCUGAAGGCAAAUGAAUAUGGGGGUACUAUAGUCAUCUAAAUGGUAACCCGGGAGACAGUCCCUUUUGGUUGCUUAGCUUUGUCCACAUGUUAUUCUCUUAAUGUCAUAUAUUCAUCCAACCUUAUAUUCCCAUGGCAUGGUGACUCUCGAGGAGGAGGGAACCUUUUGAGUAUUAUUGAGAGAUCAUAACAAAUGGAAGAACAAAUUGAUUUGGUGGGGAAGGCAUUUGCGGAUCAUUACUACCAUCUCUUUGAUAAUGAUCGGCCUGCAUUGUCUUCUCUCUACAAGCCCUCCUCCAUGUUGACCUUUGAGGGCCAUAAGAUACAAGGUGUUGAGGACAUCACUGCUAAGCUUACCAGUCUGCCAUUUGAUCAAUGCCGACAUGUAAUCAGCACCAUAGAUUCGCAACCUUCUUUCUCUGGCGGCAUUGUCGUCUUCAUCAGUGGCAGUCUCCAGUUGCCUGGAGAGGAGCACCAUUUACGGUUCAGCCAGAUGUUUCAUCUAAUCCCCAUGCUUGAAGGAAACUUCUACGUGCAGAAUGACAUAUUCCGCCUGAACUAUGGAUGAAUGGUUCUUUUUCCCAUUCAAUCAUUUGUUGUUGAACACACAUUUCUUGGAUAAAACUCUAUAAUCACUGAUCAAUUUGUUCCUUUAGUAUCGUUAUAUUCGUUGUUGUCUGCAUUUAUCCUCCUCCUUGGAUUACUAAAGCUGUAGCUUACAUCAAAGGCUGCCUGCCUGCAUUGUUAUUUCGGUUUAAUAUAAUAAGAGAUUGCGAUA